AUGGGUCGAACAUCGGCGUCAGCUGAAAACAAGGAGCUUGCUAGGCAGUUUGCGCACACUGUCUGCUCUCCUACCGACAACAUCAAUGACAUGGUUGCGCGCAGUGGGCCAUUCUCCUUGUACGCAGCACUCUCAGAGUGUUUUCCCUCCUGCGUGAAGACAGACGGAGGAACGAGCAGAUACGGGCUGCAAGAAGCCGAGUUCAACAAGGCCGUGCAGGCCGGGGGGUUCCGAAGGGAGCGAGAUCGACGCGUGAACGCACUCACGAAGCGGGUGGAUCCACUCGGGGCAGGCAUGUAUCUGUUCAGCAUGCGGGUGUGGAAGGACCCGUCGAACCCUCGAGACAGGGAGGAGCUGAUGCAAGGGUGGAGGCACCUCGUCGAGCGCUUCCCUCAGGUCGCUAAAGUUUGCUCCGUCGACCGUUUCCUCGAGGUGGUUUCCAAGUUCCACGAUGCCUGGCAGCCCAAUGCUGGGCGUGCUCGCAAGAAGCAGAAGAUGCAGGCGAACGAGAUGGCGGAGAAGCCUCUUUCUUCUUCCUCCUUGACCUCUCCUACGCUCGGCAGCAUGGACGCGUCGUCUCGUCGCAUGUCCGACCUGGAAAGGCAUCCCCUCGUGAUCGCCACAAUGGUCGAUGCUUCCAUUGUGGGCGGUGGCAAGAAUAUGAAUGAGCAUGCUAAGGCCAACCUGUUCCAGAGCGCUGCUGUGUCGCAGUUCCUUCCCUCCAAGAGCCAGUGCAUGGACGACCUCAACUCCAGCAAGCAGCACAUGCAGCCCCACUUCCUCGGAGGUCUUGGAGGAGAGGCAGCGAUCAAGCAGGACCCGAGCAGGAUCUUCCAGCAACUCAACUUCAACUCCCUCCCCAUGGGCAGGGCGGACAUCGCCAGUAGCCACUCCUCCUGCGCCAGUCUCCAUGGCUCGCUCUCCUGGGACGCCAACACAACUGCUCCUGCCAACCCUCGAGACAACUUCAAUGUGCCGCUGAUGGGGAACAACGUGAACAACCUCUUCGACAACUUGUCACUGGCCAGGAACAACAUGCUUCAGGAGCAGAUGCGGCAGAACCAGCUCCUGCAGGAACACAUUCGCCUCCUCCUUAACCAGCAGCUGCGACAGGCCGGCACACAGCAGCAGCAGCAUGUUGGUCAAACUGGGGCCAACUCCUCCCCGGCGUUUGCUGAUCUGUGCAUAUCCUACAACCAGUACAACAACCCCAAGAGUUCCGCGCCGGCAAUGGGGAUGCACCAACCGCAACAGGGAAUUUUGUCCUCUUCCUCCUCCUUCGACCGUUCGGCCGGAUUCAUUUCGAGUGUAAAUAACAACCCGUUGGUCGUGCAGAGCCAGCGAUUCUAG